GGUGUUCAACUACCUGGUGCUGCUGCUGGAGGGCGUGUUCCAGGCGCCUUGGGAGCUGCUGCUGGGCCAGGGCUGGGCCCUCCCCUGCGCCUUCGCCACCUCCUCACCCGAGGGAGGCGCCGCCACAACGCCCGCCUGCACCUUCCCUCGUCUCGUGGGACUCUGCCAGCUGCAACCCGGAAGAGCUGAGCAGCAGCAGCCAGGCGGCGGAGGCGACGACGGCCAUCACCACCACGGACUGUUGUACGGCACAACGGUGGCGGACAGUACGGCAGCUAGCGGAGGCGUUAGCGGUAGCGUCUGGGGCCCCUGGACGGCGCUACUCAACUCACCCGUCGUUGCGGACCUGCUGGUGUGGUUGCUGUUGCGGCUGUACGUCAGAUUGCUUCGCUCGCCGCUGCUGGCGGCGGUGACACGAGUGGAGGCGGCGGCGCAACAACGGCAUGUGGCGGCGCUGCGGCGUGCCGUACGAGACGAGCGCGAGGCGGCGGCGCGCGGCGCACUGGCGGCGAGUCAUGCACGUGCCGUACGAGAGCGGAGGAUUGCGAAGCUGAAGGCGCUGCUUUUGUCACCAGGCGAGGCCGCCGCCGGAAAUGUGACCGACCGCACCCGG